CUUUUAGAUCUGUAAAUUGGUUCGAUUUGUUAAAAUUGUUUGCUGCUGAUAUAAGUUUGGGAAUUUUUCAAUUGAAAAUGACGUUUCUAUUAACUAAUAUAACGAAUGUCUACAAAGCAUCUGUCAGUACUAAUAAAUUUUUAAUAUGCUGCAUGCAAAGCCGUUUCUAUGCAUCAACGAAUUUCGCUAAAAAUGCGGGUGAGAGCCCUUUGCCACUUAAAGAUGAGGUGGUGGAAAAGUUGAAUGAACAAAAAUCCCUGAGUAUUGCGGUAAUAGGAGUUCCCAAUGCCGGCAAAAGUACUUUCAUAAAUAACUUAAUAAACCAUAGAGUAUGUCCUACAUCUUCCAAAGUACAUACUACUCGCAAAUCCAACAAAGCCAUUUAUACCACUGGACAAACGCAGUUGGUUUUUUAUGAUACUCCCGGUUUGGUAACUCAAAAAGAAAUCAAUAAACACAAAUUGGAAAAGUCAUUUAAGAGCUCAUAUCGUCAUGCUAUACAACAUGCUGACAUGAUAGCAGUUUUACAUGACGUUUCCAAUUCAUGGACCAGAAAACAAUUACAUCCUACUGUAAUUGAUAGUUUAAAAGCAUAUCCUCAACUGCCGAGUGUCUUGAUAUUAAACAAAAUAGAUGCCAUAAAAUCAAAGCGCAUCACUUUGGAGCUAAUAAGAAUACUAACCAAUAAUACCUUGAGUGGUAGAAAACAUAAUAAAAUAAACAAAAAAUUACGCUUGGAUGAGUCAAAGAAAGAGGAAGAGUCGUUAGAAGAUAAAUCGCAUUUUGAAUUCGAAGAUUUACACAACAGUGAAAGUAAUUGGAGUAAUUUCAGCGAUGUUUUCUUGGUUUCAUCAAUAACGGGCAAUGGUCUUAACAAAGUGCAUGACUAUUUUAUAGAAAAAGCAAAACCAUGCAGUUGGAAGUAUUCCAGUGACACAUUUACCGAUGAAGCUCCCGAAGAUUUGAUUGUGGACAGUGUGAAAGCUAGACUUUUGGAUUAUUUGCCCCAAGAGAUACCCUACACAUUAGAACCGGCAAUUGAAUAUUAUAAUGUGGACAGAAAUACAAUUUAUGCUUCAGUUGAAGUUGUAUGUCCCACAAAACGUAUUGAGCGUUUGAUAUGCGGCGAAUCGAAUGGUAGACUUAGACAAAUAACUGAGCGAGUUACAUCGGAUUUGGUGGAAACCUUUGGCAAACCAAUUUCGUUUACCAUCUCAACCAGACCAAAGGAAAAGUCUAAGGAAGAAGACUAAAUUAUUAUGUAUUAAAGGAUUUGUUAUAAUAUAUAAACAACGUUAUUGCUA